CUGGGGUGGACUCAGCUGCCAGGACCGAGCUUGACUCCUCCAUUCAAGCUUGCUCUGUUCUCUUUCUCUUCGCCCCCCGACCGUAGCAGUCAUGGAGCAAAGCGAGGCAUCUACAAGCGCUGAGGAGCUUUCAGACCGUGGUGGUGUCCCUCUCAUCCCUGGACUUUCCUCACUAAGAGCUGGACGCGAUCAGUCAGACCAGGUAUCAACAGAAGGGGAAAUGGCCGUGGACGAUCUCGACGGUGACGAUGACGGGAAUGCUAGUUCUGAUUCUGAUUCUGACUCCGACAUUUCCAUGUCUGCCGACUCCGAAAACGAAGAUGAAAUGCAGCAGAAUGAAGCCAUGAAUUCCGCAACGCCUAGGAGGUCUGUCCUGAUCGCCCAGCAUCUUGCCAAUCAUGUUGGCAUACCGGUCUCUAGGAAGAGGAAACCCAGCCAUUCAGAGGCCACAACCUUCAGCCCUCCAGAGUCGACCAAAAAGUUGAAAAUGGAUGGAAACGAAAUCAAACCGCCAGCCAAUGCUAGCUCCCUUCCAUCAGACAAAUCUCGCCUGCCUGCUGAGAUAUGGCACCGUGUCUUCACUUUCUGUCCUCCACGUACGCUUGGCAAGUUGUUGCAAAUCAACAAAUUGUUCAACUGUUAUCUUGACCCUUCAGCCUCUUUGCUGAGUGAUCCGCCUCGGUCACUAGCAAAGAACGUUGCCCAAGUCACGCAGCCCGAUGCAAUCUGGCAGGCUUCAAGGAGGCGUUAUUGGUCUAAGAUGCCCACUCCGCUCAAAGGCAGAACGGAACUUGAUAUGUGGCGGCUGGCAUGUGGGAAGGAAUGCCAGCAGUGCGGCAAGAAGGGACAAACCACUGCUGCUUCCGCGAACAAGUUGCUGCCCGGUCCGGGAACUGACGGAGUCAGGAUUAUCUGGCCUUUUGCGGUGGUGUUUUGCGGCCCCUGUCUACUGUCUAACAUUACCAAGGAUAUUGACCUUCUAUUUUCUUCGUCGAUACCCUCGGCAAUACUUCCUGCGCUUCCCUUCGUGUUGAUUACAGAUGACUUGCACGCCUUUUCAUCAUCUUCUCUGCAGAAGGGUAUGGUACCAGAAGGUGUGCAGGGUACCAAGGUCUUCCUGACCAAGCAUGUUGAGAAACUGAAAGAUGAGUUUGAAGACGUAAAAUCCAUGGGCAGAGCUACUGCCGAAGAAUGGUUGAAGGGCCUUGAGGAUCGCGGCAAGGAACACCGCAAUGAUUCGGCUCGUUGGGAGAAGUGGGAAUCAUCUGGUGGAGUAGCCAAUAUGCAGACUGCUCGGAUCAUAACUGCCAACGGAAUCACAGCAAGUACUGCAUCAGGCGGCAUGACCCCGGUACCAGGUGCUACCGGGACCCAACAGUCGGAUGGCGAGGCAUCCUCUAGACCACAGGUGUUGGCUCAGAACGGACAGCAACAUCAUCAACCGCGUGCGCGAACUCGCGAGGAGGCCAAUGAGAUGAGAGCAGCACGUCGGGCAGAGAUUGAACGGCGCGCAAUGCUACUCGAACCACCGCUCCCUUCUAAUGUCCUUGCCCUUGUUCCCUCUUUUCAGGCAGCCCUUCAGAUAACAUCUCUCCUGGAUGAUGCCGCAUGGGACCUGUUGAAACCUCGCUUGCUUGCCCAACGGGCUGAUGCCGAACAGCGUGAGCAACGUGAGCAGGAAAUCGCCGCUCAUUCUCGGAUUGUCCAGGAACGCAGCGAACAACGACGCCACCAUGAGGGCCCCAAUCGAGAGUCUAAGGAGCUCACAGAUAAAGACUGGGAUGAUAUCCAAGCUCCUCUUCGUGCUCAGAUUUCAGAAUAUGCUGAUGAGAUCAUCCGGGACGGCUGGGACGAUGGUAACAAAGUCACUAAAGACAACUGCCCUCUCUUCGCCGUGGAUGUGCUUCUCUAUGUACGAAACCGAUUCUAUGCCGAGGUCGCCAAGAAUGCUGCAGCGGCUCGAGCAGCCGGCCAAGAACCGCUCCGAGAUCCGCCUGAAGGCCCUUUCACUCAGAAACUGACCCUCGAGAACAUGAAAUGGCUGUUUGAAACCAAGAUCAAGCCCCACACUGAAUCGUUUCGCAGAGAGUUGUUUCUCUGCCAUGACUGCGAUGGUAACAUGAAAGCUUAUGGUUUCGAGGGUGUAAUCCAACACUAUGCGGCCAAGCACACCAAUUCCCUUAGUCUCGGAACUGUUGUUGUUCAUUGGCGUUCCGAGUGGCCCGAGAAACCGCCAUUCAAGCCGGAUCCGCUGGCCAAGAAUUCGCCGGCUCGUCCUCAGAAUGGCAAAUCGAUCGCGCCAACUGGCACUCCGCAACUACAUGUCAAUGCUCUUCCUCCAGGACCUAGCCCUCACCAACCACCCGCACCUGCCCUUGCUCCUCCGCAGAACUAUGGAAGGGCGGCGUAUCCUGACCCGUAUGGGCAUACUCCGCCUCAAUUCGGAGGUGGUGCCUAUGGUCCGCAAGGACCAUACCAUCCGCCACAAGCCGUGUACGGCCAGGCCUAUCCUCCACAGCCAACACCAUUCACCUCCGCUUAUAACUCUCAUCCCCUUGGCCCCGGAAGUGUUCCUCCACCAGUCAGCCAAUUUGGCCAGAAUUACAAUGCGUACCAGAGCAACGGGCAGGUGGGGUAUCCAACAUUUCAGAGCACCUAUCCCGAUAAAAUUCGUGCCCAGCUUGAUGAUUUGGCACGCAAUUCACGAGAGGUCUGGAUGGCCUUGGUCGGUUUAAAACAACUUCCAGGCAACAUUCGGGUCUAUGUUGUCCUCUACCACAUGGUUAAAAGAUACAGAGCCCGCUUCCAAGAGAGCCCGCCUCUGGCUAUGUUCAUCGACGGCCUUUCUAACAACAAGGAGAUGCGCCCCGUGCGUAACGUCAACGGACUAAUGUGCAAGGCUUGCCAAAUUGGGAUUGACAACGGUACUGUACCCGAGGCUGAGCGAAAGUCCUACUCCCUUCCACAGUUGGUGAACCACUUUCAGCAGAGCCACGUUGCUCCACUUGAGGCUAUGGGCGCUCCAGUUGUUGAUUGGACUAUCGGCAUGGUCUAUGUGUCGGAUUUGUCCAGUCUGUCUAAUCUUCGUGUCAUGGUUGGCAUGGACAAUCACAAAUAUGCGCUCAUCACUGAGGCCUUCCUUCCACCCCCCUUGCCUGGCAGCUACCAAAACCCCGGAGUGUCGGUUAUCCAACCAACUUGGGGUAGCAGCGCGGACUACUACGCUGACCACUCACACGUUCCUCCACAAGGCCCUCUGCCAAACCUAACACCCGCGACAUAUCAUCAGGCCUCGGGCUCGAACUUGAUCCUCGAAUACGAUCCUGACCAAGCUAUUCUGCGUAAUACCUAUCCAUAUACGCCGGAUGGCAAGGUCAAUCUUCAACCGUCCAGUGCUGUUUACACCUCACCUCAACCCGCCCUGCAACAUGGCAGCUCUGGUAGGACCUCUCCUGAUCUUAAACAGGCUGGGAACGUCAAAAGUCGUAAAGGCAAGGGGUUGAAAGAGAAAAAAGCAGGGUCUAAUCAUUCCAAUAAACCUCGCAAGGGCAGUGUCAAACCAAACACAAAGGUGGACAGCAAGCAAGAGGAAGAAGACCAGGAGGCUGCACAUGAACAGCAACGUCAGGAAGAGGCAAUCCGCGCUAUGUGGGCAAACGAACGUCGCGAUGCGGCCCGACUAGUGUCAGCUUCCGUAGCGCCUCCAAGCGCUCAGGGUCGAGAUGAUAGUCCCCGGCGCAGGACCCCUGAUGAUGCUAAGCAGGUUUCUGUUCCUCGCCAACCUCAAGUAUUUCAAGCCUCGAGAGGGAAUCAAGAGCCAGCUCCAGGCGCUCCGCCGAUUGAAAACCGAGGUGACGAUGAUUUGUUUGCUGUUCUGGAAUCGCACCUGGCCCAGCAACCCGGCGUUGCAGACCACGGUUCUUAUAGACAAAGAACUUCAAGCACUAUGCCAUACGAUUCCAGACCUCCUAGCACCAUGGCAUACGAACCCAGACAAGCCAGCAGUAUGGCGUAUGUGCCCAGAACAGCUAGCAACGAGGCGCAUGAACCAAGGCCUGCUGAUGCUAGGACAUAUGAGCCGAGACCCGCUGGUAGCGUGUCUUAUGAGCCGCAGCCAGCACACGAUCCACAACAGGUACAAGACAGGCGCCUCAGGUCUAGCCUUGAUUCUCAUCGUUCAUAUCAGCAGCCUGAAUACCAUCGGGGUCGCUCUAGAUCGCCUGCGUAUGUUCGAUAUGAGCCUCAACCUCAUGAAGAACGCUACCGGGACCGGAACCCAGCUCGAUAUUCUCCGGAUUCUGCAUACAAUGCACAAGCACACCCCGUACCCCACCAUACCACAACUUCGUAUAGCUCACGACCCGCUGCACUAGCCUUUAAUGAGCCGUAUGGAAUGGCGCCUUCACCUAGCUUUCGCCGUACCUAUACCGACGAAGAAAGGCGUCAAACAGCUCCGGCUCCGGCUCGCUAUACUCACGAGUAUCUAAGUGAACCGCAGCCACAGUUCGACCCUGCUCCGGUUCCAUACACUGAGAACUAUGAGCUGCUCAAGAUGCGAGACUCACAAGGCGAGUAUUACAUCAAACGGCGUAUUAGACGGGACCCAGAGCCGGUGUAUGCUAGGUACGAAGAUGAGCGGCCGUUCUACCACGAAACAGCGCCGAGAAGAAGCUAUGAGUACGAUCCAUACUCACGACAGCCCGUCUAUGAGCCGGUUUCUAGGUCCGAGUAUCGACCUGCUUAUGACACAGUGGCAAGAGCAGAGAGCGCGAACCGAAACAUGAGCUACUCAGGGGCCCAUCAACCAGGUCCUGCUACGUACUCCUCAAUGCCGAGGCCGGACGACUCAGGUCGCCAGCGAAUCUACUCUACCGCUCGUCAACCUGAAGGCACAGCGCGACAUCGAACUUUCGUCCCUCCGCCUGAUUCUGAUUCAAACGAGGAGUACGACCCCCGCUUUCCCGCAGAAUUACCGAGCACUGCUCCGCCCCGUCGCCUUCAUUACCCAUAAUACGUUGAACAAGUGUGUCUGGCAUUUGAACCGAGUGCCACCAUGUUGGAAGCGGGCACCACACACGGGUUUCUCAGGUAUAUCGCUUCCUGUGUAUGACCAGUGCUCUAUACAAGACUGUAGGCCUAAAGAUCAGCAUCCAGCAGGACAUGCUGCUACAGUGUUUGAGUUGGGUGCAGUAAUCGGGAAGAGGACGGGUUCUUGAGCAUAUCAUAGGCUUGCACAUUGCUUGUUGUGUAAUAAUGGACUAUGUGCGGAUCUUCAACUGCUCAUGUACGAUUCGCGACUGUGUCAAGUGAAAUCUUCAGUCAAGAUAACAAUGGGGUUGCACGCUCUCUGGUUGGUCCUGUGUGGGAGGAUCAUGGCACGUCAAAACAAGGAAGAUGAUGCU